AUGCCUGAUAAACGGUCAACCUAUCCAAAUUCCUAUGAAAAAUAUUUCCCAUUAGAUCGUUCAAAAUCGUUUAUUAGUGUGCAUUUAAAUCGGCAGUCAAUAAUAUCCGAUCCUAAAACUGGUGCACGAAAAUCUCCAAUUUCUCAAAAGUUCACUGACGAAUCUCGUGUACAAACAGUCAAAGAUCUUUUUGAAUAUGGCUUAAAUAAUUCGAGAUCCAAUCGGUGUCUGGGGAAACGGCCGUCUUUCAAUGAUCCAUACUCGUGGCUAACUUAUGAUGAAGUAGAUGAGCGAAUAAGGGCUGUCGGGUCGGCGCUCUCGGAAAUUGUGAAACUUAAACAUGACUGUGAAAAUGUUGUCGGGAUUUAUGCACCAAAUUCACCAGAGUGGGUUAUUAUGCAGCAUGGAUGUGCAGCAUAUUCUUAUACCAUAGUACCUUUGUAUCCAACUCUCGGUGAUGAAGCUUUGCAACAUAUUCUAUCGCAAAAAACUGGGGCUGAAUAA